AUGCAACAAGCUCUUCAACAGAAGUAUAAACCACCACAAGCUGAACUACCCAUAAACCCGACGAGUCACAUUGAGGAGAUGCUAAAGAAAUUGAUGGCUGAUCAGCAGACUCAGGCAACAACCCACUCUGUAGCAAUUCAAAAUUUGGAGAGACAAAUGGGGCAACUAGCCAGUGCCCAAAAUACUCGACCAGUUGGAGCUCUUCGAAGAGACACUAAGGCUAAUCCUAAGGCAACUAUUAAUGCUAUGUCAUUGAGGAAUGACAGACAGUUAGAAGAAGUCCCAUCAAAAAAGAGAAAGCAAGUGACCUUUAAUGUGAAAUCGGCCACCAUAGAAGUAGAAUCAGAAAAAGCAAAGGAAUCAGAGAUGCCAGCUGAAGAAGCAGUGGCUAAGCAACCCCCACCAUUAGUUGCGAGGCCACCACCUCCGUUCCCUCAGAGAUUGCAAAAAGUGCAAAUCAAUAUUCUACUGGAAGACAUCCUACAAGAAGUGCCCAAAUAUGCCAAAUACAUCAAGGACAUAGUGUCAAAUAAAAGGAGGUUGACAGAGUUCGAGACUGUGUUGGCUGAUCGCUUCCUUGCUCAUCCUGAAGGAGUGAUUGAAGAUGUGUUAGUUCAAGUGGGUUCUUCCAUAUUCGCUGCUGAUUUUAUUAUCUUGGACUGUGAGCCUAAUCAGGAAGUCCCAUUUAUUUUAGGGCGUCCAUUCUUAGACAUGGACCGAGUUUUUAUUGAUGUAUGUGAAGGAAAGAUGACAAUGAGAGUGGGUGAUCGAGUGAAGGUAUUUAAUGUGUAUAAAGCACUCAGAUUGCCAGCCCACUAUGAAGAGCUAUCCAUGAUUUUUUUGGUGGAAAGUGAGGUGACUUUAUUGGUGCCUUAUAUGAGCUCCAUAGAUCCUUUUGAACGAUCCUUGAUUGGGGAUGAAGAAGACAGUGAAGAUGAGAUGAUUGAAGAAAUUGAGCAAGUACUUAACAUGUCUUACAAAUAUGUCAAUAGGUUUGGGAGAUUUGAGGAUUCAGACAGACCUGUUACUCUGACCCCUCCUAAACUAUCUAUUGAAGAAGCUCCAAAGCUAGAGCUUAAGCCCCUUCCAGCGCAUCUGUACUAUGCUUAUUUAGGGAAAUUUGAGACAUUGCCAAUAGUUAUCUCAUCCAGCUUGACCGAUGUGCAAGAAGAAAAAUUGCUCAGAGUGUUUCGUGAGCAUAAAAAAGCUAUUGGGUGGAUAAUUACUGACAUCAAAGGAAUCAGUCCAUCAUUUUGCAUGCAUACAAUCUUUCUGGAAGAUGGACACCGCCCUAGUAUUGAGCAACAAAGGAGAUUAAAUCCCAUUAUAAAAGAGGUCGUGAAGAAGGAAGUAAUUAAGUGGCUUGAUGCAGGUAUCAUCUUCCCUAUCUCUGAUAGCAACUGGGAUGCAACCUUCAAUUUUGAUGAAGCCUGCCUGAAGGCAUUUGAGGAACGCAAAAAGAAGCUGGUGGCUGCCCCCAUUAUUGUGGCACCAGAUUGGUCCUUACCAUUUGAACUUAUGUGCGAUGCAAGUGACCAUGCUAUUGGGGCAGUGCUAGGCCAAAGAAGGGACAAGAUGUUUUACUCCAUAUAUUAUGCGAGUAAGACUCUUGAUGAUGCACAGUUGAAUUACACCACCAUUGAAAAGGAGUUGUUGGUCGUUGUGUGGGCUUUUGAGAAAUUUCAGGCAUACUUGGUGGGAACAAAAGUUAUAGUCCAUACCGAUCAUGCAACAAUCAGAGGAAACAAAUAUAUCUUGCUAGCGGUUUACUACGUGUCAAAAUGGGUAGAGGCAAUCACUUUGCCAACCAAUAAUGCCAAGGUGGUAGCUGCUUUUGUGAAGAAAAAUAUAUUCUCGAGGUUUGGGACCCCACGUGCCUUGAUUAGUGAUGAAGGGAAAUAUUUCUUCAAUCGGUUAUUGAAUAACCUUCUAGCCAAAUAUGGGGUCCGCCACAGAGUUUCCGCGACAUAUCAUCCGCAAAAAAGUGAACAACCUAAGGUGUCCAACAGAGAAAUAAAGAAAAUAUUAGAGAAGACAUUAAGUGUGAAUAUGAAGGAUUGGGCUGCAAAGUUAGAUAAUGCCUUAUGGGUAUAUAGAACUGAAUACAAAACACCAAUUGGGGCAUCACCGUAUAAGAAUGUUUAUGGGAAGGCAUGUUACAUUCCUAUUGAACUUGAACAAAAGGCGUACUGGGCAAUUAAAGAGUUGAAUAUGGAUUUUGAAGCCGCGGGCGAGAAGAGGCUCUUGCAGUUGAAUGAAUUAGAUGAGUUCAGACUGCAUUCUUAUGAAAAUGCUAAGCUUUACAAGGAGAAAACAAAAAGAUAA